AGACCCUGCAGCAGGGACGACGGAGGCGGAAGCGGCCCGAUCCCGGAGGCGGCGGCGGCGGGGGGAGCCGGAGCCGCCUGGGAUGCUCAGUCAUGAAACGGGUGCGCACCGAGCAGAUUCAGAUGGCCGUGUCCUGCUACCUCAAGCGCCGGCAGUACGUGGACACCGACGGCCCCCUGAAGCAAGGCCUGCGCCUGUCCCAGACCCCCGAGGAGAUGGCAGCCAACCUCACAGUCCAAUCAGAGUCUGGCUGUGCCAACAUCGUGUCCGCGUCCCCGUGCCAGGCAGAGCCCCAGCAGUAUGAAGUGCAGUUCGGGCGGCUGCGGAAUUUCCUCACCGAUUCCGACUCCCAGCACAGCCACGAAGUGAUGCCCCUCCUGUACCCUCUCUUCGUCUACCUCCACCUCCACCUGGUCCAGAACAGCCCCAAGAGCACAGCCGAGAGCUUCUUCAGCCGCUUCCACGGCAUGUUCCUGCACAACGCCGGCCAGAAGGACGUGGUCGAGCAGCUGCAGGCCACGCAGAGCCUCCAGGACAUCCUGUCCAACCUCAAGCUCCGCGCCUUCCUGGACAACAAGUACGUGGUCCGCCUCCAGGAAGACAGCUACCACUACCUGAUCCGCUACCUCCAGAGCGACAACAACGCCGCCCUGUGCCGGGUCCUCACGCUGCACAUCCACCUGGACGUGCAGCCGGUCAAGAGGACCGACUACCAGCUCUACGCCGGCGGCGGCGGUGGCAGCGGCGGCGGCUCCUCCUCCCGGGGCGAGGGCAGCGGCCUGGAGCCCGCCGACGUGCCCGGCCCGAUCCUGCAGAACGAGGCCGCCCUGGACGUCCUGCAGGAGAGCAUCCGGCGCGUCAAGGAGGGCCCGCCCUCGCUCACCACCAUCUGCUUCUACGCCUUCUACCACACGGAGCAGCUGCUGAACGCCGCCGAGAUCUCCCCCGACGGCAAGCUGCUCGCGGCCGGCUUCGACAACUCCUGCAUCAAACUCUGGAGCCUGCGGUCCAAGAAGCUGAAGGCCGAGCCCCAUCAGGUGGACGUGUCCCGCAUCCGCCUGGCCUGCGACGUUCUGGAAGAGGAGGAGGAGGAGGAGGAGGCCGCGGGCACCGAGAUGAAGACGCUGCGGGGGCACUGCGGGCCCGUGUACAGCACGCGCUUCCUCGCCGACAGCUCGGGGCUGCUCUCCUGCUCCGAGGACAUGUCCAUCCGGUACUGGGACCUGGGGACCUUCACCAACACCGUGCUGUACCAGGGACACGCCUACCCGGUGUGGGACCUGGACAUCAGCCCGUACAGCCUGUACUUCGCCAGCGGGUCCCACGACCGCACCGCGCGGCUGUGGUCCUUCGAUCGGACGUACCCGCUGCGGAUCUACGCCGGCCACCUGGCGGACGUGGACUGCGUCCGGUUCCACCCCAACUCCAACUACCUGGCCACGGGCUCCACCGACAAGACCGUCCGGCUGUGGAGCGCCCAGCAGGGGAACUCGGUGCGGCUGUUCACGGGCCACCGCGGCCCCGUGCUGUCGCUCGCCUUCUCCCCCAACGGCAAGUACCUGGCGUCGGCGGGCGAGGACCAGCGGCUGAAGCUGUGGGACCUGGCCUCCGGGAGCCUCUACAAGGAGCUGCGCGGCCACACGGACAACAUCACCAGCCUCACCUUCAGCCCCGACAGCAGCCUGGUGGCCUCGGCGUCCAUGGACAACUCGGUGCGCAUCUGGGACAUCCGCAACAGCUUCUGCAGCGCGGCCGCCGACGGCUCCUCGGGCGAGCUGGUGGGCGUGUACACGGGCCAGAUGAGCAACGUGCUGAGCGUGCAGUUCAUGGCCUGCAACCUCCUCCUGGUGACGGGCAUCACGCAGGAAAAUCAGGAACAUUGAUUUUUUAUUUUUAUUUUUGGAUUUUUUUUUUUUUUAACCCUCGUGGCGACGGACUGGGCAGCCGUGGAGCGAGGGCUCCGCGCUGCAUCUUCCGAUCGAAUCACUGACUGACUGUGAAAGACUCCCCGCCUCUCCCCGUGUCCCGGGCGCGGGCAUCCUGAGCGCCUCACCCCUUCCCUGCCCCCCGCCCAGUGUCGAGGACGCGGGGGCGGGGAAGGGGGACGGACAGGUGGUGGUGAUAAGCGGACUCGAGAUCAAGAAUUGAGAUGCUCUGGAGGGGAGGGGGCACAUUCUUCCAAAGAGGCCGCCCCACCCCGUGUCCUCGGGAGAGCACCUCCUGUCUGUCUCCUUCCCCGCACCCCACCCCUCCCCACCCCUUCGCUUUGUGGCUGACCUGACCGGCCGGGGGGCCUGUUUUGGUCCCAGGAGGGUCGCAGGUCACAGCCGCUGGCGGGAAUGCAGGGGUGGGGUCGAGGGACGAGGA